AUGCGAUCGGCGACUCGAAAGCGGCGCCGCGACGUCCAAAGUGGGCACGAAUUGGCCGCGUCUCCCAUCUGCGACCCGUCAGCAGUCGCUCACGUGAGGGCCGAACUGCUGACGUAUGAAAUACUGCCUUUUGGGAAACCGGUUUCACUGCUGACAGAUGACCAAGUGCAAGGCGCGGUCACGGUUGGGGUAGCAUCGCUGGUGUGGAAGGUCGCGGUCUGUUCCGCGCAGAGAGAGAGAGAGACAGAGAGAAAAAGAGCAGAGAGAGAGGUAAGAGAGGGAGGGUGUGGCGUGAUC